AUGCCGUACGAAUGCAUCCGCUCACACGGAAUGGAAACCCUGAUGAGCCUGCAAGGAGGAAUGUUAGCCUUCAAGCUCCAGCAAGCCCUGCCGGAGUGCACACUGCUGAAGUGGCAACGCUACUGCUCUGAGCGAAGAUUUUCAUUAGAAGAUCUGACCAGUGCCGAGGAUAAACAGAACGAGUUUAAGGUGCAUGGGAAGGCAGAGAAAAAUCCAAAGAGCCAGAGGGACCCCGGGAACCGGCCAGAGGGACCGCGGGGCUGCCCUCCGCCCGCCACGGCCCCGUGCGCCCCCGGCGCGCGCCAACUUGGCCGGGUUGGGCGGGGGCCGGGCGGGCGCAGGAGUCCGGGCCCCGUCGGCCCGGGCCCACCUCGCGGGGAAAAGGGCACAGAGAGUCCCGGACGGCACUCACCUCCGGGCGGGCGCUCCUCCGGUCCUGCCUGCCGCGCCGGGCGCCGCUCCGGCUCCGCGGCUCCGGGAUCGGGGAGGCGGGGCGGAGGGGCGGGGCCGGCCGCUGCCCGGCGCCAGAAUCAAACCCCGAAGCGCGCGGUGGCCACCCGGCCCCGCAAACGCGGCCAUGGCGAGGAAGUCAAUCUCCGACGCCGCCGGGUGGGGAACGCCUGUGGCUGCGUCCGGAGCCCGGCGGGAGGGAGCCCCGGAGCCCCAGGCGGGACCCCCUGCUCUGCCAGCGCUUUGUGCCCCGGGACCGGCCGGCGGCGGCGGCCUCAGUGCGCCUGCGCGCGGACCCGAGCUCCCCGAACCCACCAGGCGCCUCUGCUCACCUCGCCCGAGGUCCCCGGGACCGGCCCGCCAGCUUCUGCACCCCGGAACCAGGCCGAGGAAUUCCCCCCGCGCUUUCCUCCGCCCACGUGCCUGAGCUGGACUGUCUCUGGGGCUUUGGCAGCCUCCCGCCUUUCCCCAAACCGGCCUCGUGUCUUCCCAGUGUCCGCUCCCGCCCCACUUCGGGACGGAAUCCUCGGUGGGAAGCAGAGGGUGCCUGUCCGGAAGGGCGCAGGUGUUAGGGCGACUCCAGGGAAAACGCAAUGCCUGCCUUGGGCACCAAUUACUGAACUAGGAGGUCUGACAGUGGAUUCCGGACAAUCUCUGGGAGCAGGAGAGACGAGUAGGGAUGAAGAGGCCUGGAUUUGAGUCUUCUUUCAAACUGAAGAUGGUUCGAAUAAACAGGACGGAGGACCGACAUAAAAACCAACUAAGACAAAAACCAUUAAAGCCAGCUCUCUGAUCACCGACUUUCUUAAGGGGAGACAGAAGGGGACUCUCCUGCGGAGCGCACACCCAGCUGGGCCUUACACACGGCACAACUUUUUGCUAGGAGUUUAGAGUGAAGAGUCAUCAAACACCACUAGUUGAAAUGCUGGUCUCUGCGGGGAAAAAUCGAUGCUUCUCUACUUGUGCGUGGCAGAACACACCUGCAAAUUCCUGAAAUUGAUGGCCAUUGCCUGGUAAGAGACAGGCAAGGGGCAGCUCAAAGACAUGGGACAGGAUAUCUUAUUUUAGUCUUCCUAGGUGUGCCGGCUCACCAGGAAACAGUAAAUAAACCUCUGGGCCUGUUUCUUCAUCUGUAGAACAGGGUGUAUGGAUUCAGUAGGUCCUUUCUAAAAUACCUCCCCCCAGCCCCACCCCAGAUGUCUAUGAAAAACACAGAGAAACUUCUUCACAAGAGGGCUUGCUUACCUAGCGGUCCUCAAAACCUUGUGAGGAAGGUGGGCAAAGUCAAAGACUGAGCACCAGGACUGACCAAGGAGGAGAAAUGAUGGCUCCCUACUCGGAGGCUCUGGUUACAGACAGAGCCAUUGACUGAAUACUGUACUCAAAGGAGACCUGAUGCGUGUAACGUAGUGUUGAAUUUCAACAAAGAAGGGCUUAGUCCACUUUUCUCUUCCGGGCACAAUUGUACAACCUGACAAAGCACAGCCAAAGGCGGGGAGGAGAAUGUUGAAGGGGGACAAGGCAGACACAGGGUCUGGGGACAAUGGCUUUAGUUAAGGGGUAGAACCCUCUUUGAAAUUCAGCUUUGACACUUGCAGCCGAGGCAGUUCCUUAUAGGAUUUUCCCAAGGUUUAAUUGUCUACUGUCAUUCCUAGGAAUGACAGGAAAUACACAGAGUUCUAGAAAGCUGUUAUCAUUAUGAUUUUACUAUUAUUUUAGCAAGUCAAUUCACCCAGCUCCUUUGCAUUCACCUUAGGUUAGCCUAAUGGGAAGUUCACUUAUCUAAGCACAUAUUGUACGGAUUUACUACCUUUGUACUUAGGAGCAUGGUCCUCUCUGUAUUGUCCAUCGUUUAUGUAUCUAAGAGCUCCCGGUACAUUGCUUGGCUAAUUGGAGCUAUUUUUUAUUGUGCCAGUUAUUAUUUUGUUAUACUUUGCAAACUGAAAGUAACACAAAUGUUCUACAAUAGGGAAUGUUUGAGAUGGCAUAGGGAAGAAUGCUAGAUAGCCAGUAAAAAUGCUAAGAAUGUUGAAUCUGUUAGUACUUGUGACAUAAUUCUAAGGGGGAAGAUCAAAUACCAGGUAGAGUGUAAACACUGAUAACAACUAUGUCAAAAAAUAAAUGCUUGUGAACUACCAAGGACAAGGAGUGAUCUUCAAAGGUUGAAAGUGAUUGAAAUAGGUUAUGGUCUAAUACAUUCUUUAUCUUCAAAAGCUAAUUAAAACAUAUAUAUCAUUGUAUUUAUAAGUUAUGUUAUUGCUGUAUAAACCAAUCACCCCAAGACUUGGAAGCUUGAGACCAUAAACAUUUAUCAUCUCACACACAGUUCCUAAGGGUCAGAUUCUGGGAGCUGCUUAACUGGACGGCUCUGAUUCAGGGUCCCCCAUGAAAUUGCAGUCAAAAUGUCAGUGAGGGCUGCUGUCAUCGGAAGGCUUGUCCAUGGCUGUGGGUCCACUUCCAGUAAGGCUCUAACUAUUCCUUAUCAUGGGAACGUCUCCUCUCCACAGAGGGCCUCUCCAUAGGGCUGCUCAUGACAGGCAGCUGCUUCCCCCAAUGAGAGAGAGAGAGAGAGAGAGAGAGAGAGAGAGAGAGAGAGAGAGAGAGAGAGAGAGACAGAGGAAGAGAGGGAGAG